AGAAAAAGAAAGUCUCUCUCCUUCUCUUUGCUCUUGUUCUUUGUUUCUCUCUCAAACUCACUCUCUCUAUACAGAAGACAGACACACAUACAUUGCUCCCUGUCCAAACCCCAAUCCCACAACACCUUCUUCAUUCAUUCCUCCAUUCCCCAAAUCCAACCCAUUUCUUUUCUUUUCCUUCCUUCAUUCUCUCCAUUCCAACCAAACAGAGACUUCUCUCCACUUUCCCUCUCUCUCUCUCUCUCUCUCUCUCUCUCUCUCUCACUCUCUAAUCAGAGAUCUGAGUGAGAGGGAAGAAGAAAACCAAAAGAAAAUCAAAAGAAAGAAAACCAAAAGAAAAGAAAAUCUCAAUCCUGUGGAAUCGGAGAUCGGAGGAGGGGCAUUUUCAUUCAAAUGGGAAUGCCCGCUAUUCCCGACCACCGCCGUGAACCAUGAGCAGAGCCACCGUUGGGGACGACGGCGAAGAAGAAACUGAGUGCUUCUACGAAUCCCACGACCGCUUGCUCUCUCUUUCUUCCUCUUGCUCUUGCUCCAACUCCAACUCUGAUAACGAAGAACAAGAUAACACCACCACCGCCACCGCCACCGCCACCAAUUGUAAUUACAAUUUCGCCCUCAACAGUUACGACGUAUGGAUCUCUCAACCCUCCUCCGUCGAAGAACGCCGCUCCCGCCUCCUCCAAAACAUGGGCCUCUCCUCCGACCCUUCCCUCUCCCGCCGCUCCAACCUCAAUUCCAUCUUCCGAUCCAAAUCCGACGGUGGCGCCACCGCCAACAAUAUCAACAACCUGUCUUCUUCUUCUUCUUCUUCUUCUUCUUUUCAUUCUGCUACCUCAUCCUCCUCUGUGAAUAAUGGUAUCAGGGGGAACGGCGGCGGCGGUGGUGGUGGCUCCCCGGGGAAGCCGCCGUCCGGGAAGAAUUGCCGGAGGAGUCGGUCGUCGUCGGAUUCUGGUGAUGCGGCGGAGAAAGGGUGGGAGCGGGCUUGUACGAUAAGAGAUCUUGACAACGGGAAGGAGUUUGUGGUGAAGGAGGUGACGGAGGAUGGGGUGUUGGAUGAGGUGAAGGAGGUUGGGACUGGGAGGCAGCUUACUAUGGAGGAGUUUGAGAUGACGGUGGGGCACUCGCCGAUCGUGCAGGAGUUGAUGCGGCGGCAGAAUGUGGAGGAGAAUAAGGACGGUGUUGAUUCCGGUGGAGGGAGUUCUAAUGGUGGUGGAAGUGGUAGUGGUCAUGGUCAUGGUAAUGGUGGCGGUCAUGGUAAUGGGAGUAAGGUGAAGAAGAAAGGAGGGGGUUGGUUGAAGAGUAUUAAGAGCGUUGCGAGCUCGAUGGCGGGGCAUAAGGAGAGGAGGAGCAGCGAUGAGAGGGAUACGUCGUCGGAGAAAGGCGGGAGGAGGUCGAGCUCCGCCACGGAUGACAGCCAGGAUGGUACAUUUCAUGGACCGGAGAGGUUGAGGGUGAGGCAGUAUGGGAAAUCAUGUAAGGAGGUAACUGCAUUGUACAAGAGCCAAGAGAUUCAGGCUCACACUGGAUCCAUUUGGAGCAUCAAGUUCAGUUUGGAUGGGAAGUACCUUGCUAGUGCUGGUGAGGAUUGUGUGAUCCAUGUUUGGCAGGUUGUGGAAUCUGAGAGGAAAGGGGAGCUGCUGCUCAUGGAGAAACCGGAGGAUGUGAGUGUCAAUAUGCUGUUUCUUGUCAACGGGUCGCCGGAGCCGGCUGCGGCCCUGCUGUCUCCUGGGUUGGACAUCAACCCUGAGAGGAAGAGGAAGGGGAGGUCAUCAGUUAGUAGAAAGUCAAUGAGCUUGGACCAGUUGGUUGUUCCGGAGAACGUGUUUGGACUCACUGAAAAACCCAUUUGCUCCUUUCAGGGCCAUCUCCAUGAUGUGCUUGAUCUGUCUUGGUCCAAGUCUCAGCACUUGCUUUCAUCUUCAAUGGACAAAACAGUGCGGCUGUGGCAUUUGUCUAGCAAGACUUGUUUGAAAAUAUUUUCACACAGUGACUAUGUAACUUGCAUCCAGUUUAAUCCUGUUGAUGAUAGCUACUUCAUUAGUGGAUCUUUAGAUGCUAAGGUUCGCAUUUGGAGCAUUCCUGAUCGACAAGUUGUUGAUUGGAUUGAUCUGCAUGAGAUGGUCACUGCUGCUUGUUAUACACCUGAUGGUCAGGGUGCACUAGUUGGUUCAUACAAGGGUAGCUGCCACUUAUAUGAUACGUCCGAAAAUAAAUUGCAACUGAAAAGCCAGAUCAAUCUGCAGAACAAGAAGAAGAAAUCCCAUCACAAAAAAAUUACCGGUUUCCAGUUUGCCCCAGGAAGUUCGUCAGAAGUACUUAUCACAUCUGCUGAUUCACGAAUUCGGGUUGUUGAUGGUGUUGAUCUGGUUCACAAGUUUAAAGGCUUUCGAAAUGCAACUAGCCAGAUUUCAGCCUCCCUCACAGCUAAUGGUAAAUACAUCGUCGCAGCGAGUGAGGAUUCCCAUGUAUACAUCUGGAAAAAUGAAGCUGAUUGCAGGCCUAACAGGAGUAAAGGCGUCACUGUCACAAGCUCAUACGAACAUUUUCACUGUAAAGAUGUGUCGGUGGCCAUUCCCUGGCCUGGAAUGGGUGAUGCAUGGGACAUGCAUGAUACAUUCUCAGCAGAACAGCCUGAGCUCGAUAGCAAUGCUGACGAAGUUGUAUCAACCAAUCAUCCUCCUACCCCUGUAGAGGAAAACUUCGGUACCGAGGGUUCACGAUCUGCUUCAGGUUACCAUAAUAGUCCACGCCACGCAACCAUCGCAAGCGCGACGAACAGUUACUUUUUCGAUAGAAUUUCUGCAACAUGGCCUGAAGAAAAACUUGUUCUAGCUGCGAGAAAUCGAAGCCCUCGUGUCAGCGUGGAUUUCUCUAACGGGGUAAGUCAAAAAAUGUCAGCGUGGGGUAUGGUGAUUGUAACUGCUGGCCUUCGAGGCGAAAUCAGAACUUUUCAGAAUUUUGGAUUACCACUUCGAAUAUAAGAGGCAAUGGAAUAUGCAUAUGCAUUGCCUAUAUUUAUGGCAGAGAAUGAGUUGAAGAUUUCAGCUCAGAAGGCAGCAGAGUUCAUCUUCUCCAUUAGUUGGCGAAAACCUGUACAGAAAAGUGGGUGAGAUUUGUAAUAUUAGCGGGGUUCCAUUUCUUUCCUUAUUCUUGUGCUUGUUGGAUAAGUUAGGCUACCAUUCCAUUCAUGCACUGUGGGGAAAAGGUGGGGAAACAUUGUCAAACACAAAAGGGAAAAAAGGAAAAAAGAUAAAAAGAAGGUACACCAGUAAUUUAGAAACCGAUGGAUGUAAUCAGGAAAUGUAGAGUAACGUGAGCAUGGGAAAGGUUUAUUGAAAUUAGAAAUGAUUCUUUUACACUUGUCUUUGUGUAUUGUCAUGGAAUUUAAAUAUCAUGUCCAAGCCAUUUGAAUGAA